CGGGCCGGGGAGCGCACGGGGUCGGAGUCUGCCAUCGCUGAGCGCAGUUCUGCUCGUCUCGCCAGCAGCCAGCGCUCCGCGCACUGAGCUGCCAGGGGAAGGCAACGCAGCUCGGCUCCGGGAGCCUAUGGCCCGGGGGGCAGAGCCGGCGCGCCCCUGAUCGCCGGCACCCUGCAGCGGGGGGCGCACGGGAAUGGCGCGGGGACUGUGCUGCAGGGCACCCUGCUGAGAUGCGCUUGGGCUGGCGCUAGGGUCCCGCUCCCCUCCGGGCUGGGGCUGCCCCUGGAUCGGCGCCGGCUCCAAGCCCGCAGCUCGCCGCGGCUGGGAGCCCCGCGCGUCCUCGCUGCCCCGUCGGGCCCCGGAGCCGUCCGAAGAGGCUUCCCAAGGACUCUUCCUGGACUUAGACUCACCCCACCAUGCCCCUCCUUGGUGUCGUCCUCUGGGUCACCCUGCUGACGCUGGGCUGGCGGGUGGCCCACGCCAAGGACUACAUCUUUGCCACGCCGAGGGUGCAGCUCUCCUUCAAAGAGCUGAAGGCCACCAGCACCGCUCACUUCUUCAACUUCCUGCUCAACUCCACGGACUACCGCAUCCUGCUGAAGGACGAGGACCACGACCGCAUGUACGUGGGCAGCAAGGACUACAUCCUCUCGCUGGACCUGCACGACAUCAACCGGGAACCCCUCAUUAUUCACUGGCCUGCGUCCCAGCAGCGGAUCGACGAGUGCGUCUUGUCGGGGAAGAACAACAACGGCGAAUGUGGCAACUUCAUCCGCCUGAUCCAGCCCUGGAACCGGACCCACCUGUACGUCUGCGGCACUGGCGCCUACAACCCCAUCUGCACCUUUGUCAACAGGGGGCGCAAAGCACAGGCCUUUGCGCUGACCCAAAGCGUCCAGCCGGGAGGACGGGGAAGCCGAGCCGCUGACUCCUCCCACAACCUGACACCAACAGAACGCAAGGAUUAUAUCUUCUACCUGGAGCCGGAGAAGCUGGAAUCAGGGAAAGGGAAGUGCUCCUAUGACCCCAAGGUGGACAGCGUCUCAGCCUUGAUAAAUGAGGAGCUCUAUGCUGGCGUCUACAUUGACUUCAUGGGCACAGAUGCAGCCAUCUUCCGCACCAUGGGCAAGCAGACAGCCAUGAGGACUGACCAGUACAACUCCCGCUGGCUGAAUGACCCAGCAUUUGUUCACGCCCAGCUCAUCCCGGACAGCGCCGAGAGGAACGACGACAAGCUUUACUUCUUCUUCCGGGAGAAAUCAGCUGAUGCCCCACAGAGCCCUGCUGUCUACUCCCGCAUCGGGCGCAUCUGCUUGAAUGACGACGGAGGUCACUGCUGCCUUGUCAAUAAAUGGAGCACGUUCCUGAAAGCCCGGCUCAUCUGUUCCGUGCCAGGACCUGACGGGAUCGAAACGCACUUCGAUGAACUCCAGGAUGUGUUCAUCCAGCAGACCCAGGACGUGAAGAACCCCAUCAUCUACGCUGUGUUCGCUGCCUCUGGGUCUGUAUUCAAAGGCUCCGCUGUAUGCGUGUACUCCAUGGCCGACAUCCGCAUGGUCUUCAAUGGGCCCUUCGCCCACAAGGAGGGACCCAACUACCAGUGGAUGCCAUACACAGGCAAAAUGCCCUAUCCACGCCCAGGCACUUGUCCCGGAGGCACCUUCACUCCCUCCAUGAAGUCGACCAAGGAUUACCCAGACGAGGUGAUCAACUUCAUGCGCUCGCACCCGCUGAUGUACCAUGCUGUGUACCCCGUGCAUCGCCAGCCACUGGUCGUGCGCAGCAACGUGCACUACAAGUUCACCACCGUGGCCGUGGACCAGGUGGACGCAGCCGACGGGCGCUAUGAGGUGCUUUUCCUGGGCACAGAUCGCGGCACAGUCCAGAAGGUGAUCGUCCUCCCCAAGGACGACCUGGAAACAGAGGAGCUGAUGCUGGAGGAGGUGGAAGUGUUCAAGGUUCCAGCCCCCAUCAAGACUAUGACCAUCUCCUCCAAGAGGCAACAACUGUACGUGGCCUCAGCCACAGGAGUGACCCACCUGGCCCUGCACCGCUGCGACGUGUACGGGGAGGCCUGUGCUGACUGCUGCCUGGCCAGGGACCCCUACUGUGCCUGGGACGGCAAGGCCUGCUCCCGAUACUCAGCAUCCUCCAAGAGGCGGAGCAGGCGCCAGGAUGUCCGGCAUGGUAACCCCAUCCGCCAGUGCCGGGGCUACAACUCCAACGCCAACAAGAACACGGUGGAGGCCGUCCAGUACGGGGUGGAGGGCAGCACGGCCUUCCUGGAGUGCCAGCCCCGCUCCCCACAGGCCACCAUCAAGUGGCUGCUCCAGAAGGACAACAGUGACCGGCGGAAAGAGCUGCGCAUGGAGGGCCGGGUGCUGCAGACAGAGCAGGGGCUGCUCCUGCGCUCCCUGCAGCUCUCAGACAGCGGUCUCUACUCCUGCACAGCCACGGAGAACAACUUCAAGCACACAGUGGCCAAGGUGCAGCUGCACGUGCUGAGCAGCGAGACCGUGCACAGCGUGCUCUUCCAGUCAGAGGCGCCCGCCCUGCAGGCUGACGGCGACGUCUCCUCCUCCGUGCUGGGCAUGCGGGCUGGCCUCCCUGGUGUCCCCAGCCCCCACUACCAGGACCUGGUGCAGCUCCUCACCCAGCCUGAAAUGGGACUCAUCAACCAGUACUGCCAAGGCUACUGGCGGCAUGCAGCCUCCGGCCACAAGGAGGCGCUGGCCAGCCUCAAAGCCAAGGAGCUGCAGGACGAGAAGAAGCCUCGAAACCGCCGGAAUCACCAGCCAGACAUGGACCAGCUCACAUGAAACCGCCACCAGGGACUUUGUAAUAACAGUGCUAUAUUUUUCCCCCCUUUUAAUAUUAAAAAUAUCUAUAAAUAUAUAUAUAAAUAUAUAUAUACACACACACUCCCCCCUCCCUUUCAAGACAGUAUUUAUUUGUAGGUUGUACAUAGUCCAUGGGAGACGCGGUCCCACCCCAUUGCCCCAUGGCCCUCUGGGUAAGAUAGCCAGGUUCCCAGAGGCACCCUGGCCAGCAGCUUGUCCUUUUCUCUUCCUAAUUUCUAUGGUACUGUAAAAUAAAAGGCAGGCACUGAGCAUAGGGGUGGGGGUAGGGUAAGAUCCCCUCCCCUAGUCCCUCAUCAAGCCAGAAGCUCUUGAUGCUAAUGUAGAAAUGGGCCAGCACAGGACCUUCUGCCCACUCUCUGGAUGCCAAGCCAGAGUGCUGGCACCUGGAGGGGCCGUUUUCUGUCUCUAGCUGGGGGGAGUGUCUCUGAGCUGAGGUGCCAUUGGCAGAGCUACCAUGUUCCCUCUCCCCCUGGCAUGGGCCCUGCGGGGGAGCCUGAGUUUGGUCUGUUUCCCACCAGUGCCCUUGGCAUGUGUGCUGGGCCUGAGCGGGAAGGGAUGGGAAGUCCAUGCUCGGGGGGUGGGGGAGGUGGAACUUCUUGGCCACUGACAAUAUCCUUCCCCUGUUGGCACUGGACAAGGAGGGAACGGGCAGGGAGAGAGAGAAGUGGUCCCCUCAAGGGUACAGGGUCCCCAGGAACCUGGCACCCAUUGUGCAUGCACGCCUGAUGGCCCAUCAUUCCUGGCGGUACUGUCCAGGCUGGGUGCCUCUCGAAUGCCCAGGAAGGCACCAUCGCUGGGCUAAACCCCGUGGGGGUCAAGGGCACAAGGCCAGGCUCUUCCACCCACCGCUGGCCACGCGUCACUCCUGCGAGGCGUAUGUCUGGGAAUGAUAUCACAGGCUCAGCCUGGGCUGAUUGGUGGCUGAUGUGAUGCCCUCCAGGGGGUGGCGCUGCAGUGGUCUAAAAAACUGGCUAAGUGGCUGGAUUAAGUCAGGGAUUCAGGAAGCAGGAGGGGUGAGGAUGUCAGCUGCAGCCGUGCUCCUCUGGUGCCAACUGCACCCAGCAGGCAUAUCCCUUCCUGGGCUCUGCUGCGGUGGCACCUUGGAGGGUACUAGGGAGACUGGGUAUAGGGGCCAGGAAUGGCUGGGGCAGACACUCCUGCCUUUCCAACCCCCGAGGUGAGAAGAAUUCUUUUUGGCAGGUGGGGGUGAAGCAAGGAAAGGACAGAGCAAGUAGGGGAAUGAAGUGCGGGGGGGUGGGGCGGGGAGAGCAGAGGCAGACAAUGGGUACCUGGACAGCCAGGUCCCCCCUACUGAGUGAACUUGGGCAAGUCACUCCCCUCUCUGUGCCUCAGUUUCCCCAUCUGAUUACUUCUCAUUAUUUAUUAAGCCAUGGCCUCACUGCCAGUGGACCUGGCCGCAUCAAUGUCUCUGCUGUGUGACUUCAUGACGGGGGAGUGUCAGUAUUGAGUUGUGAGGCAUUGUGGGUAGUGGAGUCCUGGGACACACAGUCGCUGCCCUGGGCCAUGUGUGGGACCUGAGUAGUGGGUUUCCUGGCAGCUACACUGUCCCAGUCAUGGGGACUGGGAGCUAGUGAAGAGUGUAUGCGGGGGGGGGGGGGGGCAGAGAGAUGAGAGGGUGAAAAAAAAAGGAGUCAUUGGGAGGGGGGCAGAUUGGCUGAGAGCACUGCCUGCAUUCAAUCCCUAGGCCUAGUGGCCACAGCCACACUCACCGUGGCAGACCCCAGAGUACUUGCAAAUUGGACUAACAGGCACUUCAGUCACUUAUAGGGAUGUUGGGGGGGGCGGGAGAGGCGGUGUUACAAUAGUGCCUCUGCUCCACAGCUUAAGUCAAGACUCCGAAAUUGCCCUGGGAGCUGGGGGGAGGGGAGGAAAUUGGCCUCCAGAUGCUUGGGGCAGGCAUUGGCUGCUGCUGCUGCUGCCACCAUAGGGGUUUUAAGACCUGUGAUCAAAGCACCUGCCUAAAUUAAUUGGUGGGGCGAGACAGAGCCUGGGGUUUACCCUGGCUCCCCUGCUCCCAGCCUGUGCUGCCUGGGUUCACCACUAGAGGCCAACCUCAGCCCUGGAUUCAGCAGGGGGCCCCAGCUCAUGGGCUCACAGAGCCGCUGGCAUGUUGUCCACACCACCCCAAUAGUUCAGGCCAAGUCCGUGGCUGGUGCAAAGCAGCGCGGCGUCACAGCCUGCCAUGGGUGUUGGUGGGGCUUCGCCCCCUUCCCACCAGCUGAGGAUCCAGCCUUGGCCCCUCCGGAGUCAGGUGCCCAUCCACCCACUAGUGUGGCAUGGUCCCAGCACACACAGGCACUCCAUGGCUGCUAGCAGCUGCAGCACUGCCCGCUGAGGAAAUCCAGGCAGGCCGGAGCAGCGAGGCCAAGCAGGGCAGGCACUGCCCCCCAGACAGCGCACAGGGAGGUUACUCAGACUCAGCACAAGGAAGCUGGCCCAAGAGCUGGGGACACAAAGAGGACUGGGUGUCAGUUUGGGAGAAGGCACCAUUAGCCACCAGGGUCACUGCCCCACCCGAGCCAUGAUUCGUGGGCACAGCCACAUCCAGCCCUGGCACUACACACUGUUAAGGCCAGGUGUCUGGCAGGGGCAGAUAGAAGCCAGGCCCCUUAAGCAUCUUCAGUAAAAGCUAGACAGUCCAAUGGAAAACUACCCCUAAUUUCAGAUGAGAGAAAAACGUGAGAUGGUCAUCACGCUGGGACACACUUCAUCCUGCAAUUCCACCACAGUCAGAGUGCCCGGCACCCCAGGGGCUGUGCCCAUCUCUAGUCACAUGACAGGCAUCUGAGAGUCAUCCGUUGGUUUUCCUCUGAGAUAACAAUGCCGAGUUCCUUACCCACACACACCCCCUGAUAGGGCUCCACUCUGCCCAAGCAGAUGGAUGAGGGAGCAAAGCAUCCUGGGGUCAGCUAUGCAAACUCCAAAGCAGGAAGUCAGGCCCUGAGAGCCCUGCCCCUUUGCUCCCAGCUAGUUGCAACUCAAAAGGGUACACCAUGGGGCAUAGGGACAGGCAGGGAGAGCUCACCCUUGCCAAGCCAGACUAGUAAGGAAGGAAUUGUGCCCUUUGCAUCCCAGUGCGCCUAAUGCCUGGUGUUAACCACUUCGAAGCGGGCCGCUUCUGUGAUUGAGUGGCCCACGCUUAUGUGGUGUGUACUGACAGGUACAUACCAGGGCCAUGCCCAUCCAUUUCCCUCACCCCAACCCCCACCCCAUGGGACAGCUGCCUGCGCUAGUUCAGACCAAGUGCAUCUGCUUUCUGGUGUAAAUAGUUGUAAAUGGCGAAUAUAAUGGAAGCGGAGCAGGCAGCAAGGCUGAGCUCCAAGGCACAUCACACCUGUAAUGUGAACUUCCUGUGGCUGGGAACAAACUAAUAAACACUGGCUUUGUUUAUGGA